ACCAAGCUUAAUAAUAAGCAACAUAUCCUUUUGAUAUCGAUAAAAUUAGCUUUCAUGUCUCAAGGUCUCAAUAUAUUUGUAGAAAUACCAUCAUUAAUUGUAAAAAUGGACAUGUGCGGCAACACGCAUUAAAAGCGCACGCGGCUGGAGCACCCCUCACCCCCACCACACCAGCCCACAAAUCCCCAACGGAGAGAUGGGGGGCGUGGGUUCCUCCACGAGUCAACGGCAGGGGAAGGAGGCGCCGAUGGCCGGCCAGGACUACCUGAUGUCCCUUCCGCCUGAGAUGCUCGACGACAUCCUCCGUCGGCUCCCCUUCGAGGAGUUGGUCGGCACCUGUUGUCUCUCCCCUGCUUGGCACCGUCGAUGGGAAUCCGUCCCCGGCCUCGACAUCUGGUUCAGUCGAGGAUCCUCCACCGCACGCGAUCCACGCUUGCUGCGGUGGCCGUGCGCCGCGCCCGUCCACAGAUUCACUGCCCGCAGCCUAUGGCGGUGUGCCGCUCCAAUCCGCAGCUUCACCGCCCAUGUCCAAAGGUGCCACUCCCACCGCGCCGCCCGCUGGCUCCUCGCCCUAGCGCACAAGCGCGUCAAGAUGCUCAAGCUCAAGUUCGACAUGCCCUGGCCCGUCCACUUGGCCCGCCCGCCCGUGGUCGGCCCGGCCCUUUACUCCUGCAGCGCACUCACCCACCUCCAGCUCUGUGGCUAUUGCCACUUGUUGCGCGCUCCUCAGGGCUUCGCAGGCUUCCCCAACCUCUUCACCCUCUGCCUCGAGUAUGUGGUCCUCCCUUUCCAUGGCGCCGCGGCGCAACUCCAACUCAUAAUCUCCUCGGCACCGCGCCUCACGAGGCUCUUGUUGGAUGAUGUCAUGAUCGGCGAUGAGGAGGCUGAUAUCGAAACAUGUGCCAUCCAGGCACCCAACCUCCGUUUCCUCAAGUUGAUCAUGACCCUUGACAACGGAUGCCGAAUUGCGGGGGAGCUCCCAUUGCUGAAGGUGGCACAAAUUUCCAUUGAUCCCCUAUUCGGGACCCCAAACUUCAUCAACACUUUCCGACGGAUUUCUAGUGUUAAGAAGCUUUACUUGCUCACCGACUCAGAUCAGACUAUGGAAAAUCCGCUGGAAAGGAUUUUAUGGACGUUCCAGAACUUGAGGGCUGUACAACUGACUGCAAAUUUCGGCAAAUUCCCAAGCAUUAUGUCGAUAUUUUCUUCACUGAGAUUUGGUCCUCACAUUGAAAAACUCAAAAUUCAGGUAAUCAGGCCGGAAGUUGAAACUGGCAAUGAUGAUGCCAUCGAUCAAGAUAUUCUUGAUGCAGUGAUAUAUGAUGACAUGUUUGCUAAUCUCAAACAUGUCUCGGUGGAUCGCCCAAAGUACUUGCCAAAUGACAUGUGGUUUAUGAAGUUUCUGCUAUCAAAAGCAGGGCUGCUUGAAUACUUUUUUGUCAGUUUCAACCAUGGAGAAGAAACCAAAGCUUACGUGGAAGGAUGUAAAGAGUUGGCAAUGUGUGAAAAGGCGUCUCCGGAAGCUAUGCUCAUACUAAGGCCUAGAGACAAGCCUACCCCAAAUCUUUAAACUCCUAAUCAUGUUAGUUGCUGCAUGCUUAAACCAUGGAUAUGGAUACCAGAUGUAGUUAUUGAUCAUUGUUGCACAAAAACAGCUUGUUUCCCUCUUUGAGGUGGACUUCACCAAUUGCCAUGUUCGUGACUUGUUGUUUCAGAUGCUCAUAUGAACAAUGCACAAGUAAGACCUCACAUCGCAAUGUUGUGGAUCACUAUAAUUCUUUUAA